AUGGCAGUCGCAUACGAACUGCCAGCCCUUUCAAAAGAGGCCGUAGCAAACACGGCCUCGCUCUUGCGCAUUGUCAUUCUCGUCUUUAUUUCAGGCGCUGCUAUUGCCAGUCGAUUGUUUGCCGUCAUUAAUUUUGAGAGUAUUAUUCACGAAUUUGAUCCUUGGUUUAACUAUCGAGCAACAAAAGUCCUGGCCAAAGACGGAUUUUAUGAAUUCUGGAAUUGGUUUGACCCCACGGCAUGGUACCCUCUCGGCCGUGUCGUCGGUGGGACCAUCUACCCAGGUCUCAUGGCUACCUCGGGCGUAAUCUACAACUUUUUACACGCACUUCAUCUCCCCGUCGAUAUUCGUAACAUUUGCGUCCUUCUCGCGCCCGGGUUCAGCGCUCUGACUGCCUAUGCGACUUACUUACGAAUCUGCCGGUCUCUUGGCGGCCAUUUUAUCGGUAUCGCACCGGGCUACAUCUCCCGUUCCGUCGCAGGAUCCUACGACAACGAAGCGAUCGCCAUCUUUCUCCUCAUGUUCACCUUCUACCUCUGGAUCCGCGCCCUCAAACAAGGCUCGGCAUUCUUCGGUACCUUGGCUGCCAUAUUCUACUUUUACAUGGUCGCCGCAUGGGGAGGCUACGCGUUCAUCACCAACAUGAUCCCGCUGCAUGCGCUUGCCUUGGUGCUCAUGGGACGCUACUCGAGUCGGUUGUAUGUGGGCUAUUCGAGCUGGUAUGCCAUUGGUACCCUUGCGAGCAUGCAAGUUCCCUUUGUCGGCUUUCAGCCUGUGAGGACGAGUGAACACAUGGGUGCUCUCGGCGUGUUUGGUCUUCUCCAACUCAUCGCGUUUACCGAGCUCGUCAGGUCCCACCUCCCAUCUAAGCAAUUCCAACUCGUCCUCCGCGCGUCUGUCGGCGUCUUGUUCGUACUCGGCACCCUCGGCCUUGUAGUCCUCACCUCCAAAGGAUGGAUCGCACCCUGGACCGGCCGCUUCUACUCUCUCUGGGACACCGGGUACGCCAAGAUCCACAUCCCGAUCAUCGCCUCGGUAUCCGAGCACCAGCCCACGGCCUGGCCCGCGUUCUUCAUGGACCUCAACUUUUUGAUCUUUGUCUUCCCGGUCGGGGUCGUGCUCUGCUUCAAGGAGCUCCGCGACGAGCAUGUGUUUGUCAUCAUCUACGCCGUGGUCGCGAGUUAUUUCGCGGGCGUGAUGGUGCGGUUGAUGUUGACGCUUACGCCGUGCGUGUGUGUCUCGGCUGCAAUCGCCGUGUCCUCGCUUUUGGAUACGUAUAUUGACCCGGAAGAGCCUGAUGCGCCCGAGGAACCUGUCCCUGCCUCGUCCUCCUCGUCGACCGAAGCCGAUGGUUCCGCUUCAGCUCCUGCCUCUGCCUCUGCUGCUACUCCAGCCGCGACGCCCAAGAAACAACAGUCCAAGAAGAAAUCGAGCGGGAAAAAGACCGGGAUCUACGGCCUGGACACGCGCUUGGCCGUCAUUGGCAACACCGUCUUCCUCAUGCUCGUCUUUGUCCUGCACUGCACCUGGGUCACCUCGAACGCGUACUCGUCCCCCUCGGUCGUUCUGGCCUCGCGCGGUCCGGACGGGUCGCAAAACAUCAUUGACGAUUUCCGAGAGGCGUACUAUUGGUUGAGGAUGAACACCCCCGAGACGAGUGUUGUCGCUUCGUGGUGGGAUUAUGGUUACCAGAUUGCGGGAAUGGCUGAUCGUCCGACUUUGGUGGAUAAUAAUACUUGGAACAACACUCAUAUUGCGACGGUUGGGAAAAUUAUGGCCUCGCCCGAGGAUAAAGCCUACCCCAUCCUGCGAAAACACGACGUGGACUACGUGCUCGUCAUUUUCGGCGGGUUGCUCGGAUAUUCCGGAGACGAUAUCAACAAGUUCCUCUGGAUGGUUCGUAUCGCGCAAGGUAUCUGGCCAGACGAGAUCAAGGAGGCGAAUUAUUUCACCCCGCGUGGAGAGUACAAGGUGGACGAGUCGGCGAGUGCGGUGAUGAAGGAGAGCGUGAUGUACAAGACGAGUUAUUAUCGGUUCUCCGAGUUGUUUGGUGGUGGACAGGCCGUGGAUCGUGUUCGUCAACAGCAUUUGCCGAAACAAGGUCCUACGCUGGAUUACCUCGAAGAAGCGUUCACGAGUGAAAAUUGGAUUGUGCGGAUCUACAAGGUUAAACAGGACGACCCGCUCGGACGAGAUCAUAAAGUCGCAAACGCCUUUGCAGCCGGCAAGAAGCGUAAACGCGUAAGACCGACGAGCAGGAGAAAAGCUCCUAACCAAAGCAAUCCAGCGUGGUACAAAGAUAGCCUGACCAAUGCACUUCGUGCCCUCGCUCAAAAGUCCAAGUCUACCUUGCCUCGGGAUGUUUAUGUCACUAUCGAAGAGGCAGCGGGAAGAACAUAUAUCCACGAGUAUUAUAUUCGCGAUCUACACGCUGCAAACCCUGAUCGACCCGUUCAUCCUGACUCGUCGUUUGUGUACACGGGAUACAAGGCAUCGCUUGCGAUUUUGCUCAGCAUGGUUAGCCAGCCUGGACUCGAUGGAACUCCAGGGGGAAAGAUUUGUCGUGGAAUUAACGCGUGCUUGCAGGACAUACUAGCCCUUGUCCGGUCCAAGGGAAAUGAUGUUGGUCGGUUGUUCAAGGAUCCAGAGAUGAAUCGGUUAUUGGCCAACCUUGCCAACAUUUAG